AUGAACUUUGCGGAGGGAGAGGACUCCAAGAGAUACUGCAUUAAAACAAAACAUGUGGCUAUUAUCUGUGCGGUGGUGGUGGGGGUCGGAUUAAUAGUAGGACUUUCCGUGGGCUUGACCAGGUCGCAUGACUCCACCGGCGACGCUGGGCAGGACACAGCUCCGACUGCUUCCCACUCUCCUUCCACCGAGAGCCCUCCGCAGGACCAGGGGGUCUGCCCUGCCAGCGAAGAUGAAAGUGGAGACUGGAAAAACUUCAGGCUGCCGGACUUCAUCAACCCAGUGCACUACGACUUGCAGGUGAAGCCCCUGAUGGAGGAGGACACGUACACAGGCAGCGUGACCAUCUCCAUCAACGUGAGCGCGCCCACCCGGCACCUGUGGCUGCACCUGCGGGAGACCCGGCUCACCCGGCUCCCGCAGCUGAGGAUGCCGUCCGGGGAGCAGGUGCAAGUCAGGCGGUGCUUCGAGUACAAGAAGCAGGAGUAUGUGGUGGUGGAGGCAGGAGAAGAGCUGGCACCCAGCACUGGCCAGGAUGUCUACUUCCUGACCAUGGAGUUCGCCGGCUGGCUGAACGGCUCGCUCGUGGGGUUUUAUAGAACGACAUACGUGGAGAACGGACAGAUCAAGAGCAUAGCAGCCACUGAUCAUGAACCAACAGAUGCCAGGAAAUCCUUCCCUUGUUUUGAUGAGCCCAACAAAAAGGCAACCUAUACGAUAUCCAUCACCCACCCCAAAGAAUAUAAGGCACUUUCAAAUAUGCCAGUGGAGAAAGAAGAGUCGGUGGACAAUAAAUGGAAUAAAACAACUUUCAAGAAGUCUGUCCCUAUGAGCACCUACCUGGUGUGCUUUGCUAUACAUCAAUUUGACCAUGUUGACAGAAUAUCAAAAAAGGGAGUACCUCUCACUAUAUAUGUCCAACCAGAGCAAAAGCACACAGCCGAAUAUGCUGCAAACAUAACUAAAAUUGUGUUUGAUUAUUUUGAAGAAUACUUUGCAAUGGAUUAUGCUCUUCCUAAAUUAGAUGAAAUCGCUAUUCCAGACUUUGGCACUGGGGCUAUGGAGAACUGGGGACUCAUCACUUACAGAGAAACAAACUUGCUUUAUGACCCUCAGGAAUCAGCCUCAUCAAACCAGCAGAGGGUAGCCAGUGUGGUUGCCCAUGAACUUGUGCAUCAGUGGUUUGGAAAUAUUGUGACCAUGGAAUGGUGGGAAGACUUGUGGCUGAAUGAAGGCUUUGCUUCCUUCUUUGAGUUCCUGGGAGUAAACCAAGCAGAAAAAGAUUGGCAAAUGAGAGAUCAGAUGUUACUUGAAGAUGUGUUACCUGUACAAGAGGAUGAUUCUUUGAUGUCCUCGCACCCAAUUGUUGUCACGGUGACAACUCCUGCUGAAAUAACAUCUGUCUUUGAUGGAAUAUCCUAUAGCAAGGGCGUUUCCAUUCUGAGAAUGCUUGAAGACUGGAUAACACCAGAGAAGUUUCAAAAAGGCUGUCAGAUUUACUUGGAAAACUACCAAUAUAGGAAUGCAAAAACUGAUGAUUUUUGGGGAGCACUUGAACAGGCAAGUAAUUUACCAGUGAAAGAAGUAAUGGAUACAUGGACCAAACAGAUGGGUUAUCCUGUACUUAAUGUGAAAGAUAUGAGGAACAUCACACAGAAGCGCUUUCUAUUGGACUCAAGAGCGAAUUCUUCUGAGCCACAUUCAGCUCUUGGUUACACAUGGAAUAUUCCAGUUAAAUGGACUGAAGAUAAUGUGUCAAGUAUUACGUUCUACAACAGGUCACAAACAGGAGGAAUCACUUUGAACUCUUCUAAUCCUGCUGGAAAUGUUUUUCUCAAAAUAAACCCAGAUCAUAUUGGGUUUUAUCGUGUAAAUUAUGAAGUACCAACUUGGGAAUGGAUAGCUACCAAUCUUUCCUUCAACUACAAGGGGUUUUCUUCUGCUGACCGUGCAAGUCUUAUCGAUGAUGCUUUUGCCUUGGCAAGAGCUCAACUUCUAGAUUAUAAGAUGGCUCUAAACCUGACCAAGUAUCUCAGAAUGGAAGAAGAUUAUUUACCAUGGCAGAGAGUAAUUUCAGCCAUAACCUAUAUCAUUAGCAUGUUUGAAGAUGAUAAAGAGCUUUACCCUGUGAUUCAGGAAUACUUCCAAAAUCAAGUGAAGCCCAUUGCAGAUUUUCUGGGAUGGAAUGAUACUGGAGACCACCUUAAAAAGUUACUGCGUGCCUCUUUGUUGGGGCUUGCAUGCAAGAUGGGAGACAGAGAAGCCUUGGACAAUGCUACCCAAUUAUUUGAAGAGUGGCUGACUGGGACUGUAAGGCUUCCUGUAAAUCUCAGGCUUCUGGUAUAUCGGUAUGGAAUGCAGAAUUCUGGUAAUGAGACUUCAUGGAACUACACUCUUGAUCAAUACCAGAAAACUUCAUUAGCUCAGGAAAAAGAAAAGCUGCUAUACGGAUUAGCAUCAGUGAAGAAUGUUACUCUUCUGUCCAGAUAUUUGGAUUUGCUUAAGGACCCAAAUCUUAUUAAAACUCAGGAUGUGUUUACAGUCAUCCGAUACAUCUCAUAUAACAGCUAUGGGAAGAGAAUGGCCUGGAAUUGGGUUCAACUCAACUGGGACUAUCUAGUCAACAGAUAUACACUCAAUGACAGAAACCUUGGCAGGAUUGUCACCAUAGCAGAGCCAUUCAACACUGAACUACAGCUCUGGGAGAUUGAAAGCUUUUUCAAAAAAUAUCCAGAAGCUGGAGCAGGAGAAAAACCUAGGCAGCAAGUGCUGGAAACCGUGAAGAACAAUAUUGAGUGGUUAAAACAAAAUAGAAACACCAUAAGACAAUGGUUUUUGGAUUUACCUAAGAAUGGUUAAUGUGUUCAAAUAACAUGUUUUAAUUUUGUGAAUCUCUUGUUUCUCCUGUUAAACAUUUGGUGGCCUAAUUUAGAAGCACUAAGGAGGGAGUCUUCUACUCAGAUAUUGCUUUUGCUAAGUAGUGUGUUUAUAUGUCUUACAAAGCUUUUAAAUUGUUCUUUGUUUAUGAAAGAAGAUACUAAUAGAGGAGUUAAUGUACUCAGGGAUUUCUUCUAAGUGUACUUCAUCUGAGAUUCUUUGCAAACUGAAGAGAAUUUAAUAGCCAUUUUAAUGUCUUUAAAUAUCAUUCUUUAUAUCUUCAAUCUGUGAAAAUAGAACAAUUUGGUCUUAGCUUUACAUUUUUAGUACCAAAGAAACACCACUUAAUCUUUUCUCUUGAUUGAUUUUUAAAGUUUAAAUACCAGUACUUGAGGGACCAAAAUUACCAUCUUCAUCUUUAUUUUAUUAUUCAGAAUUACACGUAUCUAAUAUCCUUAUAUUCACAUGUGUCCUACUCCUUUAAAUCCUGCCAAGGUAACCCAGGUUUAAAUUUUACUCAAGGAUUGCAUGAAUUAGCCAAAGAAAUGGCUACUGCCUUUGCUAUAAAAUCAACAAGAGAACUCUCCUCUCCUUUAUUAAAUAAACCUGAAUGAUUAAUUUGAAAAAA